UGUCACAUCUGAUAAGGAAACGGUGUUAUCAAGAGCCCGGUGGAGAAAGCAUGGCCCUUAACGCAGAAGAUGAAGACUUUGAGUGGGAACCCCCAUCAGAAGCUGAGAUGAAGGUGUUCCAAGCCCGACGUGAGCGCCAGGACAAGAUCAGCAAGCUGAUGGGUGACUACCUGCUGAAAGGCUACAAAAUGUUAGGCGAUUGCUGCGAGCUAUGCGGGACAAUUCUGCUGCAGGAUAAGCAGAAGAAAAAUUACUGCGUUGCAUGUCAGGAGCUGGACUCUGAUAUUGACAAAGACAACCCAGCCCUUAAUGCACAGGCAGCAUUGUCACAAGUGAGGGAGAGACAGCUUGCCACCCAGCCUUUCCCACAAGCCAACGGAGCCACCUCCAGUGACUCCCCUCUUUCCAUAAGCGGCCAACCGCGGCCGGAGCAUUGCGAGGGGGCGGCAUCAGGACUGAGAGGUCCCCCACCCAUACAGCCUCCGCCCAUAGCGGUCGCCUCAGCUAGCCCCAGCUUCCUUCCCUCAACUACGCCUGCACUUCAGCCAGCUCAGGGCUCCGGCUCUCUGGGCAACCCCGUGCACCACCACCCAGCCAUCUCCAGCGCAGAGGAGGCAGUGUUGAACAAACUGAGAUGGGCCACGACAGAGCUGCAGCAUUCUGCCUCGGUGGAGGCCAGCAUCCAACUCUGCGGCCUUAUCCGCGGCUGCGCCGAUUCCCUGCGCAGCCUGAAGGAACUGCAGCUGUCAUAAAAACUGAACCCAUGCGUGUGCGGUGUCACCCUCACAACCACGCACACACACAAAUACAAGAAGCAGCGUUCAGAUGUGUAGUAACACACUCACCAACCUGGAAGUUUUCAGUGUGGAUGUCUGAUGCAUCACGGUUGUUCUAAAGUGAUUUGAAUAUGUGUGUGUGUGUGUGUGUGUAUGUUUCUGCUUCUUAGACAAAUGUCAAAAUAUAUUGCUUGUGCUUGGUAUGUGAUUUCCAUUUCUUUGUAUUUUGCAACAUGUGGUUCUGAAAAAAAAUGGAGCUAUGAAUGUUUUUAGUCACCAAAGAGGCUGAAAAUACAAUUGCAGGUCAACGGAUUUAUUUAAACAAGUGCUUUGUAGAGCAAAUUAAAGUUCAAAAGAUUUUCCUGUGAAUUGGAAUACUGAAUUGGUUAAUGACUGAUGAAAUGGAGAAGGGGGCUAAUGUCUUAAUUUUAAAAUUGUUUUUUAAUACUUUAUGCAUACUGAUUAAUUUUGACAG